CGCGUGAGCAAAGAAAAGAACUAGCUAGUUUCUGCACGAUUCUUCUUCGCAGAGGUUUGUGUGUGUGCUUCCUUCCGACGGCGGCUUCGCGUCCUCCGAUCAGAGCAGAUCCAACAGGUCGGCGAUGCAGCGGCGUGGCAGACCUCCCGUCCUGCGGGAGUCGUUGCUGACGAGGGCGGUGAGCUCGGUGUUCGCCUUCGUCCAUCUCGCUGAGUUUGAGAUCCUCUUCUUCCUCUUCUUCUUCGUCGCCUUCAUCAUAUUCAAAGAUCUGACAUCACGACCUGAGUACAACCAGAUCUUUGUAAAGAAGCCUGGUGGUGAAGACUUUUGGCCUUUUUAGGAGAAAUCUGCUUAUCAAGACCUUAGAGAAUUGGGCCAUGAAUCAGAAGUAGUCAUCUUUUCCCUGGUGUUUUCGUCACAGGUGAUGCUUUCUCCUGUAUGUGAAUCUUGCUAUAACAAUAAUGGUGCAUUUCACAUGUCCUGGUGAGUAUUAUUUUCUCUGGAAACGAAAGUAGUACUUAUGUUAUUAGAGACCUAUGCUUCUUUCCUUCUUUUUUUUUGUAUCGAGUUACGUGGUAGACUGUAGGUGUAUCUUAGUGACUCCAGUUCAAUCUGGAAAUCGUCCAUUACACAACAUUUGACAGGAAAAUGGAAAGUGUCACUUUACAUAGUAGUUUUCCUUUACCUGAGAACUCUGUCGUAUUGGAAGAAAGAAAGUGAUGCUACUUGUAGAGAAAGAAGACCUGCUGUAGUCUGUGAAUUAACCAGACAAAGUAGGAAGCUGACUAUAAAAGAAGUUUCUGCAAUUCUGUACAUAUUUGGUGAUUUGAAUGGUAUUCUUAAUAAAUCCAAUCUGUGUACUAAUCGAGAAAAAUGUCAUGGCAAACGAUAGAUCUGCUUGCGUCUCUAGAAUUGGGGCACAGAUGAAAAGACAGUGCAGGGAAAAUACACGAGGCUUAUUCCGUGUCAGCAUGAGACGAGAGAGACAAGGAGUCAGCAGGUAUACUGUAGAUACUGUACACCUUUCUUGUUAAUCCACAAUUCUACCAACAAAACGUAUUUAUAGAUUUGGUCCACUGCUCUUACACCUAGCCAAUCUUUGUUAAUGGCUUGUUUUCUAACAGCAAAGUAGCAAGUGUUUUGACAGAAAAUUCGAAUCUUUUUAUUCUGUCUUCAAGAUUUUGGUGUUUUUCAAGGAUUAAUUUAAAAUUCUUUAAACUGACUCGAUUAGAUAAGCAAGUUUUGUCGUAAAUAACAGAGAUAUUGUGGGCUAAUUCUUUCCGUGUAGGGUUUAUGGUUUCAGCAAGAUCAAGGUAGUCAAGCUGGGAGGUAUGGGAAUUAGUAUACCAUUGUUGCAUAGCUUCUUCCCAUUUAUAAGACAUCUAUUUCAAACUAUGGGAUCAUGAGCCUUUCUUUCCUGUUAUUUAUAUUACGUUGCCUCACCUUUUCAGUGUGCUUCAGGGUAUCUCCUUGCCCUUUUGACACCUUACGUCUAUUAGCAAUUUCAUACUUGAACAGAAAGUACUGAUUCAUGAUCAUUCUAGUCUUUCAAUAGAAAACUCUUCCAGAUGAAAAUAAGUUUUAAAACGUUGACACCUAUACUCCCAAUCUCCUAACUCAACUACACUGAAGUACGUGACCUGGUGACAGAAAACGUCAGGCAAUCAAAACUAGUUGAAAACGAGGCGUUGAGGUUAUCACAAGACCUUGACCGGAAGCUACAAAGGGUGGAGCAGCUGCUCUCAAAAAUUGAAAGGCAAAUUUUUGGAUGAGUCACACACUCUCCAAAAAUACUGAAGCCUACAAGGAAGCCCUUAGAGCAACCGAAGCAAUUGACGCUCCUUCACUCGGUUUUCUAAAACCAAGCGACUAUUCAGGAACUUUGAGCCAUCAGUCUGCGGUUAUCAAACAACUCCUGACCUGUUAUUGGGUCGAUUGUUGUCCCUGAAUUGACUAUUAUAGCUGUUGUUCUAUGUCGGCUUUGGCUUGGUCUGAUUACGCCUAGGUCCAAUAGUGCUUUGAUAUUCUUGGCAAAAGACUCCUUUGCCUGAGGCGUAAGGUGCUUGAUUGGCUUAUCCUCAAUUGUAAAGCUCGGAUUUUUUAUUUUCAAUUUGCACGUGACUCUGUUUUUCUCCCAGUGCUGGAGCGGGUUUUCCCCAACGUAGCCUUGGGCCUUUAGUUCUUCGAGGAGGUUCCCAAACUGGGCUCUUAGGCCUGCUUCAUCUUUUUGUGGUUCGGUCGAGUAGCAUACUAACUCUUGGAUCUGGAUGUAAUUUUCCUCAUCUAGAUCCAGUUCUUCUAUUGCUGCUGCUGUUGGGGUAUACGGAAGAGUGUUUACUAAAGCCUACAAGGAAGCCCUUAGAGUAACCGAAGCAAUUGACGCUCAUUCACUCGGUUUUCUAAAACCAAGCGACUAUUCAGAAACUUUGAGCCAUCAGUCUGCGGUUAUCAAACAACACAACGUUCAGAUAUAACUUUUGGUACAAAUCGCAGAGAGUCUCAAAGAAAUACAAUCUGAGCUCCGAGUUAUAAAGGAGCUACAACAAGCAAGAACAGGGCCUUCCCAAGCAAUCCCGGAAGACCUCAUCACCAAACUCUCAAACCUCAGUUUGGGUCCUUCAGAAAGACCCAAAGAAGCAAAAGGAAGGAUUUUAGUGUUCAAAGAUCCCAUCCAGAUCCUCAGAGAGUUAAAAUAAUGACAACGAGAACGCAGACAAGAGAGGUGUCGACAUCCGCUCCCCUAGUUGAAGACCAAAUCAGAAACUAUCAGAGGAGCCAGAGACGGAUGUUCAACACCCGCCAAGCGGCAAGACGGGUUGGACAAAUGAUAUUCGGAGGACCAAACACAAGCCAACAGGUCCUCGAACAGCAAAUUGAUCCUCAGACACAACUGAGGCUAUCAAUGCGGGAAAGGGCGGCAAUAGCACCCGCCGAAGUAUUAUAUCGCUCCAGAAGAGAUGAUGCCCAUCACCGGGUGUAUAUGCAUAGAUCAGAAGAAGCUAUCCUGGUAACACAUAACCAGGAGGACAGGUCGUUCAUCCGAGAAGAAAGCUAUGACCAACUCUAGAGGAGUCGGAUGAGAUACAUCCACUUGGGAAUUCUACAAGUACAAAUACAAACCCUACACUGACGGGAAGAAGGAACACUAGCCCUAUUAGUAUUCCGAGACAACAGGUGGAGCGACGACAGAUCCAUCAUCGCAACGAUGGAAGUAGAUCUGACUAGAGGUAGUCAAUUGGUUUACGUUAUCCCCGACACAAUGAUGACGAUUGGUGACUUCUACCGCAACAUCCAACUUUCAAUCCUCACCCGAGGAUACGACAGUUGGCGGAAUGGAGAAGCUAACUUACUGAUCAAUCGAGGAAUGGUGGGGCGACUGUCAAAUACCCUGAAUGUCGCCUUUGCCUACGAAGUAUCAGGGGUGGUGGACUAUCUCACAAGCCAUGGUGUAAGGGCGCUAUCAGGAAGGAGAUACUCCACAACAGAAUUACAAGGAAGGGACUGGGUAAUCCAACCUACCCAGACUAACAUCCCUAUGCAGCCAUUGGAGGUACGAAGCCGAAACUUACUAGACGGAAGAAUUUCAAUAAGUUUCGACAAUUACAAAGCCGCAUCAACCUCAAGCCAUCUUCACUACAAUGCAAAUGGCGAGGAAACGUUUAGUGAAGAAGAAGAAAUCAGGAGCCACAUCAUAGCGGUCAUACUUCAGCUCACCAACAAGGAAGAAGAAGAAGAGGCCGAACAACUAUGCAAUAACCUGAAUUCUUAUUUUCAGGAUAAUUACAAUUUUCAAGAGGGAGGGGAGAUGCCAUACCCCCAAAAAUUUCAGAAAGAGAUAAUAGCAGCCGGAAUAGAAACAAAUUGGGAAAUGAAGUACCCACAAUUGGCAAAACUAUCUCAGCAAGUAUAUUCCUCAUCAGCCGUAUCAAACUACAGACCACCUGCAGACUCUACGAUGGGACCCGCAAAUUACCCACCAGCGGUCAACAUAGAGUCAACAAGUCAGAAGCCAACCUUUGAGGGAUACACCAGACAAAAUCAACCAAGGUUCAAGGCAAUAGACUUCUCAGAGGCAUGGAACCUCCCAACAGCAUUCCAACAGCAAGGGGCAAUGUUUAUAAUCCCGUCACAACUAGGGAUGUUUGAUGAAGUAUUCAUGAGGUGGGAAUCAAUUACAAAAAAUCUAGUCUCACUACAAGGGUUCACAGACUCACAAGCAAAGAUGGAAUUCAUCGAGAACCUUCUAGGAGAAUAUGAGAAACUAGCCUGGAUACAAUGGCGAAUGGCGUAUCCAGAUGAAUACCAGAUAUUAUUAGCAAAUGCGGACAAAGCAGGAGAUACUCAAAAUAUCCUCUCUCAAUUACGCACAAUUUUUGUACUUGAAGACCCGUUCCAAGGAUCUACAGGUGCACAGGAAGAAGCAUAUAGAGACCUUGAAAGGCUAUCAUGCGAUAACCUGAAGAAUAUUAUCCAAUUCCUAAAUGCUUAUAUGAGACUAGCCUCGAAAACAGAAAGGUUGUUUACCAGCCCAGAAUUAUCCUAG